AUGGAGGCUCUGGACAUGCAAGAUGAUGACGACCAGCAAGACUCUCCCUACGCCCACAACCAUCACCCCCAGACCCAUACAACCGCAACAAACCGCAAUGACACAACCCCCACAACGCCAACAUCAAGAAAUCGCAACCGACGCAGCAGACGUGCUCCAAAUUUACCAUUAAAUGAACACUACAACGAACCCGUGCGCCACCAUGUCUGGUACAGCAAACGCCGAACUUGGACCCGCGCCCAACUAGACCGCGAACGCACCGAGUUCUUCGAAACGCGCGUAACAGGCCGUUCAGAGGUAUGGGCUGCAGUUGCGAGCGCGAUACUGCUCAUGCGCGCGGGCGAUCUAGCCACCGCGCAGAGUAUCGUCGAUGCAGCGGGCAUUACGGUUCCCACUGGUGAUCUGUGCGAGGGGUGCUAUGACCAGCAGGGGGUGCUUUAUCGGCUUCCACAGUGUAUUGUUAGUGAUCCUGAGAAUAUAGUUGUCACGCCCGAUACGGAUGCGACUGUUUCGGAGCGGGAUCUUGGUGAUGCUGGGGAUGGGGACGAGGAUGAUGAAGAUGAGCUUGAUGAUAAUGGAAUCCAUGAUAGGAAGCUUGCCACUGACGAUGCUUCUGGGGAUGAGCUCAUUGAGCGCGAGAUUGAGCGCAGGAGAGAUGAAAAGGGGAAGACUAGUGAGCGGGAUUUGAUCCGCGUGCUUGCGCGAUUGAGUGAUCGCGGUGGGCCUGAUUUGGUGCUUUCUGUUGGGAAGGGACAAACUGUUGGCUUUUUGGCGAGGAGGGUGCAUCAGGAGGCUGAGCUUGCGGACAAUGCGCGUGUUCGAAUUGCUUAUCUUGGCCAUUUGCUCAAGGAGCAGCAGUCGUUGCUUGAUCAAGGGUGGAAGGUUGGCGAUGUUGUCAAUGCUUUGGUCGUUUCACUUUCUAAUGGGUCAGGUAUUCGUCGUUGA